UUUAUUUUUUUUUUUUUUUGGCCCGACGUUGACAUCUCCGCCGCAUUUAAUUCCUGCUACAACUACCUAGGACGUACCUAGCUCAGUCUGUCCGGACGGGGAGUAUUACGGCGGUGACGAAAGGAUUAACCCGCGAUCGGGCGACGCUAUUGGCGACGUUGUAUACCUAGGUAUAUAUAUACGACGGCGCUUUCUUGCAUCUCGACCUGAACAAACUCAUCGGGGCACUCACGAGGGACUCUUUGAGCGAGUUUCCACUGGACCUCCACGGAUAGGAGGAGCAGGAGCAGCAGCAGCAGGUGAAAAAAAGGACAAGUAGGAGAGCGACGACGAGGACGAGGAGCUAGCUCGAGGGAAACUCCCAGCCAGUGAAGAACCCGAGGCAACAAACAUGGCGCAGGGACAGCAGCCGCAGCAUCCCAUCCCCCGGAAACUGUGGGAGCAUCCGGACCCCGAGAGCACCGACAUGUGGAAGUUCAAGGUGAGCCUGGAGAGGGCCACCGGGCGCAGAUUCGAGAACUACGACGCCCUGUACAACUACUCCGUCACCCAGCGAUCGGCCUUCUGGCGCCACGUCUUCGAAUACUUCCCCAUCGUCUACUCCGGCACCGUCCCCGACCCCGUCGUCGACGAGUCCGCCCGGAUGGACUCCAUCCCGCGCUGGUUCACCGGCGUGCGCAUGAACUUUGCACAGAACAUCCUCUUCUCCGGCGACGCGAACGGGCGGCCCGUCAUCGACGCCGCAAAGGCGGACGACAAGAUUGCUUGCACCGAGGUGCGCGAGGGCGCUUUCUUGGAGCCUAUCAAGCAUGUCACCUGGAAGGAGCUGCGGCAGAGAGUGGGCAGGUUAAGUCAGGCGAUGAGGGCGCACGGGGUGAAGAAGGGAGAUCGGAUCGCGCUGGUGGCCAGUACCUGCCUCGACACGCUGACCGUCUUCCUCGCCGCGACGACGCUCGGAGCGCUCUUCAGCAGCAGUUCGACGGAUAUGGGCGUCAAGGGUAUCCUGGACCGACUCACCCAGAUCAAGCCUCGAUAUCUGUUCAUGGACGACUGGGCCGUGUACAACGGCAAGAAGAUCGAUCUGCGGCCCAAGAUGAAGGACAUCAUGGCCGGGAUGCAAGCCGUGGACGAGUUUCAAGGCAUCAUUUCGCAAGCUCGCUUCCAGCAUUCGCCGGCUGAUGUGUCGAGCGUGCCGAGAGCCAGGACGUGGGCAGAUUUCAUCUCCGCCGCCAAGUCUGACAAGCUGGAGUUUGAGGACACGGCCUUCGCGGACCCUUUCCUGGUGGUGUAUUCCUCGGGCACGACAGGGCAGCCGAAAUGCAUAGUACACGCGAUUGGCGGGGUCAUUGUCUCGGGCCACAAGGAGUAUAGGCUGCACAGGUGCAUCAACGCGAGCUCGAGACAACUCCAAUACACGACGACGGGAUGGAUCAUGUAUCUGGCCAGCGUGCAGGCUUUGAUCACGGGAUGUCAAAUGAUCAUGUACGACGGCAGUCCCUUUGUGCCCAACCUGACAAAUCUGCUCAAGUUGGUCGCGCAGGAGAAGGUGACGCAUCUGGGCAUCAGUCCGAGGUACCUGCAGACACUGCAGACCGGCGGUGUCAUACCCAAAAAGGUGGCAGAUCUGAGCAACCUCAAGGUGAUCAGCAGCACCGGGAUGGUCUUGUCGGAUCAGUUGUUCGAAUGGGUCUAUGACGAAGGGUUCCCGCCUUCGGUGCAAUUGGACAACAUCUCGGGUGGAACUGACCUCGCAGCAUGCUUUGGGACAGGCAAUCCCAUCCUGCCACUCUAUGUUGGUGGUUGUCAGUGUCUUUCUCUCGGAGUACCGGUCAAGGUGUUCGAUCAGACCAUCGAGGGCGGCAAGGGUGUCGAAGUCGAAGAUGGCGUGCCCGGCGAAUUGGUCGCGUAUCAAGCCUUCCCAACAAUGCCCAUCACCUUUUUGGGGGAGAAUGGCCCGAAGCGCUACUUCGACAGCUAUUUUGCACGAUUUGACAACGUGUGGACACAUGGCGAUUUCAUCAUGAUCCAUCCGGUCACGAAGCAAGUCAUGUUCCUGGGUCGGGCUGACGGCGUGUUGAACCCCAGCGGCGUCCGGUUUGGGUCAGCCGAGAUAUACAGCAUCAUCGAAGCCAAGUUCACGGACCAGAUCAGCGACAGCAUCUGCGUCGGGCAGAGGAGACCGCAAGACCAAGAUGAGAGGGUGGUGUUGUUCUUGCUGAUGAAACCGGGUCAUCAGUUCACGCCACAGCUCGUCAGAGAAGUCAAGGAGGCCAUCCGAAAAGCAACCAGCCCCAGGCAUGUGCCCAAAUAUGUUUUUGAGACAAAAGAAAUUCCGACGACGGUCAACUUGAAGAAGGUCGAAUUGCCCGUGAAACAGAUCGUCUCGGGCAAGGUCAUCAAGCCUUCUGGCACGCUACUGAACCCAGAGAGUCUGAACUAUUACUAUCAGUUCGCCAAGGACGAGAACCUGGUUGACAUGUCGGAGCCCAGGGCAAAACUGUAGUGCGGUUGUCGCGUUGGGGCCAGACCGCUGAGGCGGUUCAGACCAGGGAAUGGCAAAGGUGGUAGAACCAUAGAUGUAGAUUGGGCAAUGGACACCCGCGAGAUUCCGCAGCUGCAGAAGCGAGUUCGUGCUUUGAAUUACGACCAUACGCGACCCGUGGCCGGUGGUGACGUGCAUGCAGUUCAGCUCUUGUUUGCACCGGCCUCGUGCCCAUGUCCUCAAUGGCUGCAUGACGAGGAAGGAGUGGUAGCAGUGUUCGUCUCAGAGAUGGUUUGAAGCUGAGUUAAUUCGAGUAGAAAGCCAGAGAGGACACGGCGGUUAUAUCUUCGCGCGUUGA